AUGAGCGGAGGUUAUGAAGAAAAAGGCUCCGGUGCUUGCUUACGUUGUAUUUGCUGCUGUUAUUGCCUCCUCUUCCUUCUAAUCGCCAUCGUAACUUUCGUCGCUUAUCACUUCUACACCGUCGAGAAGCCAAAACCGCCUACCUACAAUCUCCAAUCCUUCAGCGUUAAAAAUCUCGAUCUUCAGUCCGAUAACAGCCUCACAACCGAGUUCUCCGUCGAAGUUAAAACCAGAAAUCCGAACAAAGACAUCGGAUUCAUUUACGGUGCCGAUAACAAAGUCUCCGUGCUUUACAACGAUGUUGUCAUAUCUUCCGGCAAGCUUCCGGAGUUCAAGCAAGAUCCUAAAAACACGACGGUGGUAAAGAUCUCAUUGGAAGGGACGAGUCCAAACGAGCCUGGCAGCCUUCAAGAUGAUGUAAUAGGUAGUAAAGACAACGACGGGAUUCCAUUGGUCGUGAAUGUGGAAGUUCCGAUGAAGGUUUUUGUUGGAAAAGUUGAACUGAUGAAGGAGUUUAUGGCAUAUGUCAGCUGUGAUUUGGUGGUGGAUAAUCUGGCAAAAGGGAAGACGAUCAAGGUCGUGAAGAAUGAGUGUGAACCAGAUGUCGAAUUUUUCAGAGAUAAGAAUUAA